GUUCCUUUUGCAGGAGGAGACGCUUCUUCGGGCCCUCUGGGAUGUUCCGCCCCCUGGCUCGGAGCAGGCGCAGAGACCAACAUCGAGUCACUGCUACCUCUCCUUCUUGACGCUAGAGCUGACCCGCAACGCUGGCUUGGAAGACUCUGCCCGCGCAAAGGAGCGUGAGAGGUAUGGAAGUGUCAAGCAGGGCGCGCUCAAAGCCUCCCAUGACAUCAUGGCACCGGUGCAGAGAAGCUUGGCAUUAGGAG